UAGGAAAUGUUGCGUUGUUGUUGCAAUCUGUUUAUUUCUGUUAUUUUUGUAUAUAUUCUUUUAUUUAACAUCUGAAAACAUGCAGUGAAUGUUAUAGUUAUGUAUAUUUGUGUGUUAUUGUAAAUAUGUACAUACUUACCUUUUUAUACUUACCUCAACCUGGUUUAAUCCGAGGGGGCGGGGCUUGAGUUAUAAAAGGGAGCCCCAAACCAGGGUAGGUUGCCGUGAGCAAUUUCAAAGUUUGCGUGUGUAUAUGUACACAUUUAUCCGUUUGUUUUGUUCUUUUGUACAGUGUUUUCUUUGUUACUUUGUAUAUAGCUUUGGUCAUUUUUAUACUGGGAUUGUUUCACCUCUCAAGCACUGUAAAUAAAUCGUCAUUUUUUUUCACUUAACAUCUCUGCGAGUAUUGCCAUCAUUUUGUUUUGGGUAAAUUUUUAUAUUUUUUGUCAACUUUUUUGGGUUGGGUGAACCCUUUCGCCUGACGACGGGCCUGCGAAGACCCGUUGUCUCACAUUUGGUGUCAGAAGUGGGAUGGCUACUCGCAAGACUGUGACGAGAGGCAGGAAGCCUAGAGUCCAAAGCUGUGGCUGAGAAGGAUGUGGCCUGGGACUCUGUCGACUCUACAGAGGAUGAGAGAGAGGGGGAUUUCCCAUCCGUUCGUCCCAAGUCCACGUCACCUCAAGUCAGACCCGUCUCUCCUGCUGCAUCAUCUGGAGGGGGGAUGUAUGCUGUGAUGCGUGAUUUCCUGAGCGCUCAAGAGCAGAGAGAGCAGCGUUAUCUUCUGGAGCUAAAGAGUCUACGAGAGUCGAUUCUGCAAGCUGUCCGUCCAGCUGAGAGGUCGAGUGAUGUUGAGAGCCUACGGAUGGAGCUCCCAACGCCAGCUCAGCGCAGAAGUACAGCUUACCAGAGAGACCGAGACUCACCAACCAACAUGGGGUCCAGCAGCCAGCCGACGCUGCGAACCGAGCCGAAGUUGCCAGUCUUCCAGCAGGGGGAGGACAUAGAGAACUUCUUGCGUCGCUUCGAACGUCUGGCUAGAACCUGGAGGUGGCCAGAGGACGAGUGGAGUUAUCGUCUUGUUCCACUGUUAACCGGGCAGGCGCUGGAGGCAUACUUAGCUAUGGAUGAGGACAGAGCAGAGAUCUACGCUGACCUGAAGGAGGCGCUCUUGGAAAAGUUCAACAUCUCUCCAGAGACCUACCGUCAGCGGUUCCGUGCAGGUUCUAUUCCAGCUGGAGAGUCACCAACUGAAACUUAUAAUCGGCUGCGGAACUUGUACCGUCGUUGGGUGAAGCCUGAGCGGCAUACAAAGGAGGAGAUCGGUGAGACAAUCGUCCUGGAACAGUUACUCCGUGUUCUUCCCUACGAGAUUCGAGUGUGGGUGAAGGAACAUGAGCCAACAACUGGACUUGAUGCUGCUAAACUGGCUCAGCAGUACAUCAACGCUCACCGUGGUAGUCAGCGCUCUCAACCCACGAAAGGUAACUUUAAAAGCUUUCCCAGUGGCUCUGAUGAACCUCAUGUUGAUUCAAAAAUUGCUCAUGCACAGAAAGUAGUUCCAGAGAAAAGACUUGUUUGUUAUUACUGUCAACAACCGGGUCACAAGGCAACAGUGUGUCCGGUUCGUAAAUCUAAACUGACUGGGUUUUGCUAUGUCCCAAGAGAGGAGGACAUUGAUAUGAACAAUACAUGCAAGACACAAUAUGUUCAAGUGACUGUAAAUGGACAAUGUUUGAAUGCUUUGUUGGACACUGGUAGCUCUUUAUCUUUGCUCAAAAGAAGUCACAUGUCACAUGUUCCAUUUGCUAAUCUGGUCGAUGUACAAUGUGUUCAUGGGGAUGUAAAGCAGUACCCUCAAACUGAAGUUAAUGUGUGUGUACAAGACCAAACGUAUUUGUUGAAUGUGGCUGUUGUUGAUGAUUUACCUGCUGACAUGAUUUUGGGAAGAGAUUUACCAGUACUUACUGAACUUUUGCAUUCUACCAGAAACUUUGUAACCACUUCUGGCCAUGCUGAUGUUGCUUGUCCGGUUGUAACACGAGCCCAGGUAAAAACAGGUCUGCAGCCAUUGCCCGACUUACACCAUAGUCUGUUGCAAGGUGGGACUAAGGGCCCCAGAAAGACACGUCGUCAACGACGACUAGAUAAAGGUCUUGGUACCCCAGCCCCUGAGAUCCAAAUUGAGGGUCUUGAAGUUCAUGGCUGGAAGGUCCCAGAAAACAUUGCAGAACUGCAAAAAGCUGAUGAGUCAUUGAAACCACUGUUUGCUAAAGUGUUUGGGGAAAAACCAGCUGACAUGUGUGGGGAAAAAUAUGUUAUCAUAAAUGAUGUAUUGUACAUGCAAACCCCUGAAUUCACCCGUUUGGUUGUCCCUACAUGUUGUCGUCCCAUUGUUUUACACUUAGCACACAGUAUUCCAUGGGCAGGGCAUAUGGCACUCCAGAAAACAUACACUCGCAUAAGCUCACGAUUUGUUUGGCCCUCCAUGUACACUGAUGUACAGACUUACUGCACCACUUGCCCCACAUGCCAAAAACCAGUGCUGUGCGCCGACAGGAUAGGGCACCUUUACUACCUCUUCCUGUGA